AUGAGUAACUAUGUUUACAAUCCAUCACAAAAGGUGACUGCGAUCUUAUCCAAAUUCUUGGAAUUUGAUCCAGCUCAACUCGAACUUGGCAUUUGGUCUGGGGAUUUGUCACUGUCAAACGUCAAUUUGCGAGAAGAUGCGAUCUAUCCUCUUUUGAACAUAGCAGCCAACAAGCCGCAUAACGAUCCAUUCACAAAAGCUCCGCUUCACAUGAAACUUGUUUCAGGAACUGUGGGACAUAUGCGGAUACGAAUUCCUUGGAAAAGACUCGUUUGGGGCCAAGGAGAUGUACAAAUGGAAAUUAGUGAUGUGUCAAUUGUUCUAGCAUACGAAAACAGGGAAGAUGUGAAGGUUGAAAAGAGUACUGGCUCCAAAAGGAAAGAAGCAAACUACGAACCCUCAGGUGCUUCUGACAAACCAAAGGUUUCCAAGAGUUAUCGAGAUGCGAAACAAAGGCGGCUGAAUGAAGCUGAACGCCGGCACAUGAAAGGAAUGCCCAUGUCACUCUAUCUUAACAACGUAUAUCGAAAGAAUCUGAUCGAAAGGGAAGUUACGAAGGCUGAAGAGGCCAAGGCAAAAGAAUUGAGGAAAUCAGGGAAUGAAGUUGGGAGGAUUGAAAGCUGGAUGAAAAAUGCGACAUCAGAUUUCUUUUGGCGCUUUUAUGCCGGCCUCCAGGGCUCCAUAAAGAAAAUCAGGGUCGUCGUAGUUCAAGACGGAGUCGAAGUUGGAUGUAUCAUUCAAUCAAUUGAAAUCAAGGCCGGAACAGAUGGUGUCAAGGUAGAAGUGACCCCAGAAGAGAAUUCGACUUCAGAACAAACUGCAGAUUAUUCGGCGGAAAUGAAGCCCCCAGAGAACUUUGUCUACGAAAGCGGGUACGAUGAUGGAGAACAUGUUGACAAGAAAAUCAAAUUGGAAGGUUUGGGGUUAUUUGUCCGAAAAGCCGUAUCUAUGGCCAAGGUUCCCAAAACGUUGCAAUUUUCGUCUUCUGUUGCAGCGGAUGACUACAUACUCCAACCAGGCGACCUCGGUCUUUCGUAUUCGUUCUUCUACCCACUCCCUCCGGAGAGAAGGAAGAAACGUUCGGCCGAAACGCAUAGUCUAGGAACCAAUACAACUGUGGCGAGCACCGACAGCACGGCAUCGACAAAGCAACGUCGUGGAAAGAGAGAACGCGCCCCGCCAACACUGAAGCGAACCAACUCUCUUGACAAUUUGAAAAAAGAAUCACCGAAGAGAGAAGUAAGACGAAACCUGAGUUCAGGGUCUCUGUCUCCUUCACGACAAGCCAGCCUACGACGGACAGCUAGCGCAACAGGUUCUGCAACACCCACCGGACGUCGUCGAGUGCUCCAAAGUAGACGGACGAAGUCAUCUGACGAACCGAAUGAUCUCGGGGUGCAAUCCUUGCAUGUAAACAGCCGUUACUCUCAAGAUACCUCGAAGUUUGCGCAAUCAAAUCGGUUUUCUUCAGCAAAGUCAAUCAGGUCAGGUGUAUCGCUGGGAACGACUGGUCGUGAUGUCAGGAGUGUCUUGGAGUCACCAUCAGUGAUUGCUGAGAGGCCAAUACAACCCGUACCAAAGAUAGACUGUCGAGUAGUCUUUGAAGAUGUCCGGGUGAUCUUCUCGAAUCGCCAUUUCGAGUUGCUCUCUUAUUUUGCUGCAACGGUACAGAGAGCACAAAAUGGUCGCCCAAAGACAGCAAUCAGGUCGGUGCGGGAUUUGUAUACUACAGCAGCAAUGCCACGAGACUUGCGUGUCGAGUACGAGGAGGUCGAUCAAAAGAAGAAAACAUCAGCACAAUCAAAGUUGAGUUCGUUGCUUUCUCUUUCCCAAUUGACGUCACUUCGGCCAAAGGGCGAGGACAAGAUCAAAGAGAAAAAUGCGGUGAAAGUAGAGGUCAGCAACGCUCCAGUAUUAUCACCCAGGUCUAUUGUUACAAGGCAGUGGUGGAAAUACGCAUCAAGCGCAGUACUUUGGGAGAUCAGGGAGAAGAAGCAUCGACGGCGAAAUUUUUUGGAAAUGUAUGUCUCCUUUGACUGGGAGCGUCAAAGAUACAGACGACAAGAGUACAUCAACCUUUAUAUUUCCACAAAACUUGACAAAGGUUGGCAAAGUGAGGUUUGGCCGUUUGAAGAGGAUCGUGAGGAAAAGCUUUUGCAGAUCGAAGACGAGCUGCCGCUUGAACAGAUUCUGCUGUAUCGAUCAAUUGCUCGGUCGUUGCAUGUCAAGGGUAUCUCCAAAAUGCCAGCAACAGUAUUAGAAACUUGCACUAGUAUUCCAAACUUUCGGGCGAAUCUAGCAAACAAUUACGAGGAAAACAGGAAAAAGAAGGGUUUGGAACGGGGGAAUCAGGAUUCUGGUGGGUCGACUUUAAUGGAUUUGCUUCGGAAUAGAUACGAACAUAAGCAAAAGGAUCGGUUGGAAAGCCUUGUAACGAGGAAAGCUACAACGGAGGAAUCGUAUGCAACAGGGGGGAACAUGAGCGAUGGCGCUCGUCAUAGUUCUGGAAUCUACUAUCCUGGCUCAUACGCUGCAGACGGUAAUAGCGUAGGAGGAAGCCGUAGUUUUGGCAAUGCAUUUCAGGCUGGUAACUUCUAUUCCUCUGGGGAGAACAGAAGAGAUUCACGAGCUGGACCUAGAACGAUAACAACGAGAGGAAGGGACAGUGUACAUCCGCGGCAAACAGUAACGGGCAAUGUUGCUGGGCACGUGAGAAAUGGCGAUUCCCGUAUGAGACUUGCAGUUUCACUUCAGGUGAAGUGCAUAGAUUUUAUGGUGGUUGAAGACAACUUUAUGUUCGAACCACUGGAUGAUUUGGGGGGGAGUGGAAGCCAUUUCCGAAAAGGAAUACAACUCGAUACUGCAGAGUUUCUCGAUGAUGAAUCUUCGAGUGACCAAGUAUCGGAUCUCUCUGUCUUGACGGAUGAUCAGAACUUUUUUGAAGAGGGAUCAAUAGGAACCAUACUUCAGGAAGGGGACGAAGAUGAUGUUCAGGCUAGAUUAUCCUCAACGGACUUUCUAACGUUUGGACGCCCUGAUAAUGUUGUCACGCGACUCACAGUAUCUCAGCUGGGAUGUUCCCUGAGAGGAAUCAGUGGGGCUGCAUCACAAUUUAGAAUGUAUAUCGGUGAAAUUGACAUCGUUGAUGGAAACGAAUCAGUGCUAUUCUCGAUUGGAUCAGAAGUCAGCGCUCCGGUAUCGGAAGUAAAUAUUUCUUCGACGAAACCACUGCGAAAACGACAAAAGGAUAUGUUGGAUGACUAUCGAACUCCUUCUGAUGCCUUCAUGUCCGAAAAUCUUCUGGCUAGGACAAGGGCUACUGAUCGUGCUGUAUCUUUGGUUGUAAAUCUUGACGAAGGAUUGAGUGCUACAAGUUGUGAUAUUGCAAAAGUGAAGGCAAACAUUCACCUCAGCCCAGUUGAAAGAAUUCUGUUGUUUAGUUCGAAAUCCAAGGUCGCAUAUCCCAGCAAGCUUGUUCCUGUGUCUUCGAGAGAUGUUGCAAGAAAGUUGAUGCUUCGAAAAAUUGCAGCGUCAUCGAGGUUUGGAGCAAACAUCAGUAUCGCGCUGAGAAUGCAUGGGAUGGAAGUUAAUCUCCCCUUUGCUGCUCCAUCUGAAGUUGGUUCAUCUAGCUCAACGUCAAGCUCGUCGCGCUUCUCGGCAUCUUCACAUCGACAAAUACAAGAAGAUAAAGAUUCGAGACUCACGUUUGUUGUGGAUACAGUAGAGCUCUACACUGGUCGCGUUGUGGAAGAGAUGUGUGCUCAAGAAGACCACGGAUUUGCUGGGAACAGCGUUGCGAGUGGGUUCAAGAACAAGAUUUCGACGCUAAAAAAUCUUGAGAUGAUAAACAUUGUGGGAUUGACAGCUUUGCAUGACUCCUUUGAAUGUAAUCAUUGGGUCGCAAGCAUAUCUGGGAUAGACUUUUAUCUCAUGACUGGAACAGAGGUUUCGUAUAACCUGUGCGAGAUGCCUAUCGAUACUGAGAUUCUUUUGACUGCAAAUGGUAUGCCACUUCUUGAGACGGAAUCUCCGAAGCACAAAGUCGUAGUCGAGAUUUCGCCUCUACACGUCUUGUUAUCCGAGAAAAGGUUGUCUCUUCUGUCUAGUGCGUUUUCAACGAUUGGUGACACAAACCUCUCGAAUCCUGGAGUGGCCGCCGCACGCGAUCCUGAUCCACCACGGAUCGAAAUUCUCUCAAAUCGAAUCUUACACUCAAUAGAUCUGUCUUGCGAGCAAAUAAAGUUUGAUUUGGUACGUGAUGGGAUGCAAAGAGAACAACUAUCAGUGAAGGCAAAAGAGUUGGUAAUGGAAGCGGCGCUAUCAGAUUUUCUUUCUGUUGGUGCUUGUUUUGAUUUUGACCUCCCAAAUGAGGAAGCCUUGUCGUCUGCGAUGCAAGUUUGUAUCGGCCGUUUAGUUGGUUUAGGUUUCAGCGACGAUGAAGCGUGGGGAUGCACAAACUCGGCGCGUCUGAACUUUCUAGAUGAUGUGGCUCAGAUGAGGCAAGCUCAUGAUGAGGCACUCGUUCACAUUUCAACGAGUCUCAGAAGAGAGUCGGGAUCGCUCGCCCCUUUGACAGGAGGUACCUUGCCUGUGACUGGUGGUAUUGGCCUAGCAGAAUCAGAAAACUCUGAGAUUGAAUCCCAGAAACUGAUUGCAGCGAGUAAUGAUCAACAGUCUUUGUCGUCUAAUGAUAUUACUGAAUCAGACGACGAUUCUGCGGAGUCGACGGGUAUUGUUGAAAUGACCAUAUCAGAUGCAGUAGAAAAAACGGUGACUAUGUUCUCGCCGUUGUUGGAGGAAUACCAACGUGACGAGGACGAUAGCAGCACGGUGCUAUCAAUCGAUCUCCCGAUGGGAAUCCGUCUCUCGCUUGUGAAGCUCUUUUAUGAUCAGCAUUUGACUUUUAUCAUCACGUCUAUGGUCGUCGCAAACAGAGCAGGAAUCGAAAUCUUGACGUUGGUACCUUGCAGCAACGAGGAAAGCAAUUCAAAUGAAAUUGAUCAGGACGAAGAAGAAGAUAAGAAUACAGGAGAUUGCAUCAGCUUUUCAAGGUUUGAUUUCGACAAGAGUUAUGGCUUUGGAAGCGGUGGACUGCCAAUCAGUGUCCUUGGGUCGGAUAAAGGAGCCAAUGGUGACCUCUUCUUCCGAGAGCGUGCAAGAUUGGAUGAUGUCGAAAUGGGUGAGCUAGAGUUUCUCUUCUCAUCUACUAUACUCGAAGACGUUUAUGAUGAGAUUUCAAAGCUUGGUAAAAGCAAGAAAUCGUCUUCUGUCAAUGCAGGUAGGAGGGGAAAGGAUGACUCAUCAAUUGCACACCAGGAUACAAAAUUCGAGCAAUCAACAGUAGUUGUUGCCUCUUGCCUCUCGAUCCUCUUUACAAAUGAUGAGCUGGUACCUUUUUGUCGAAUCAGCAUUGAAGAUAUCACGUUCAAGAACGAGGAGGCCUUGCGGCCUCUGCCUAUUCACCCAUUACCGACUUGGGUCGUUCUUUCCCACUCAUUUGUACUCCAGAAUCUCUCUCCAGAGGGCCAAUUCUACCCUGACGUUUUGGGGUCGCUGAUACAUGGUGAUGGUGGAGAUAUUCCGUUUCAGGUACGGUACUUGGCGAACUCAAGUACGCAAAGGGUUGGUGACCAGCUGGAAAUCGAGUUCUCGGCAUUUCGACUCUACGUUCUUAGAAACUUCAUCUAUGAGAUGCUGCACUUUGUUGGACAUGAAAAGUACGGCCUUGGGCGUUUGAAGGCAAAGAUUCUCGAGGAUAGAGACGAAGAUGAGACGAAUCAAAAGCGGCCUCUCUCCGUUUUGGUGAAAGUCAAUGACACCUCAAUAAUAUGUCCAAGGUCAAGUGCUUGUAGUGACAUGGUUGCGUUUGAAGUAAGCAAGGGGGCAGUUGAGUUAUCCAGUGUCGAGGAGACAUUUUUGAUGCCCACAGCAGUGUCUUCAUUUGACGCAAACCCGCGAAAUGGGUACCCUACCCACGCUCAAGGAGGCAACAACACUUCUAAUGAUUUUGAUGAACCUUGGCACCAUGUCAACGAGCCAGGGGAUCGAAGCCACGCGAAUUCGAUCCGUCGUACCUCGAUCAAUUUAAACGGAGUUCGAGCCUUUACUGCGAUUGCUGAGUCCAACGAAGAACGGGAGCGUGUAGAAGAUCCCCUAUUUCGGUAUGUUCACGAAGUAGAUGAAAGGGCCGAAGCCGGGAAAUUAGUCUACCGGCGGAAAGACUCAAUAGAUGGAGACACGUUCCUUGAGGCGGAGUUGUGCGAGCAACGAUGGGAACAGAUAAGCACAAAUCCAUUGAAUGUGGAGGUUCUUGCUGAUUAUGCACCACAUCUGCGUCUACUCAUUUCAAACCGCGACAGCCCUCUCCCAUUUGCUCUCGACGCCCGGUUAUCACAGCUGUGCCUUCUCAUUUCCAUUUGGGAUUCAAAUAUGCAAGAAAUGCCUACCAUGUUCCCCUUCACUGCCGAGGAAAUUGAAGCUUUUGCUUCGCCACCGUCGAUUCCUGAGUCCUUUCCACGAUAUGGGACAGAUGCUUUCAUUGGCUUCCUUGAAGAUCAUUCGUCUGUUCGUUCGGAAAUAUGUUGUCUCUUCAAGAGAGUCUCUAUUCGGUGCACCUACGACAGUCCAGGUAGAUACAAACUUGAUCCAACUUGUUUCCUCUACUUCAAGAAUCCCGGUUGUAACAUUGAGGACAGGGAAGGCAUGAUUCUCACAUUAGACGACGCUGCUAUCCAUAUAAUGAACGAUAACUUGAAUGUGAAGAGGAUUGCCGUGGGUGCGUCAUCGAUUCAGCUCAUCGACGAGAGGCGUCAAAAGGUUUUUCGGAAUGUCAUGAACAACCAUCCUAGUGGCAACAGCAAAGCUACGUCGCCUGCGUGGGCGGAUCUCCGUUGGGGGUUGCGAGAUGAUAUUCGGAAUUUUUCCUCGGAUCUCCAGGUGCCCGUUAUGUUUACCGUCUUCAUGACGCCUGGUUGGAGCUUGAUCAAUGUCGGUUUGCAAGAUAUCAACGGGAUAAUGCACGAUUUGUCUUGGUUGUGGGUGCUUUUGGAAUACUUCAAGAGCUAUUAUACCAACAGCGUGUUUGGCAACCCUGCUUUUUAUUGCUUGAAGUGGGCUCAUAGAUUGAAGAAUAGUAUCAGGAAAGCAAACGGGAAAGAUGCAACGACUGUCGUGGAUCAAGUUGGCCGAAACAUCGACGUUCGCCUCUGGCUUCGGCGACCAGUCCUAUGCCUACCAAGUGACUACCGGGAUCCCCAAGCUCCGAGCCUCCGUCUUCAUAGUCGAAGCGGCUUGUGGUACCGAUUUAAGUCACUGCAGGGCUUUUCUUCGCAGGAAGUGGCGUCCACUGAUCUCAAUUUGUUUUUUGUGAACGAGUUCCAAGAACCAGAGAUGUAUCGCCAGAAGGAUGUACGAGGGACCAUGUCUUCUCAGCCCAUCGUUGAAGGGCUAUCGUUUGGUUUGCGAUACGAUUACAAUAAUGCAGGCAAUCAUACUGACUGUUCGGUAUUGAUACCCUACGCUGGGGAUGGAAUUCCAUCACUGAAGAUCACUGGUGAAGAACUCGAGGUACCACCAACAAUAUUGUCGCCACCAACCGUCUGCACCCCAUACAAGCCGAUUAAGCGUAGCUUGGGCCCAAGAGUGUGCGAACUGACUGCCAUAAUUGAGGUCAUACCAACUGUAUCAAGUACGCUUGUCAACUUCUUUACGGGGCCGUCAAAAGUAAACCUAGACUUCGUGACGGAAGAGGAAGAGCUUGGACCCCAAACUUUCUCAGUAUCUGCUACUAUCAAAGACGUUCGGGUCUUUGCACUCGACCCUGUGUUGGGUGCCCAACUUCCAGUGGCGGUUCUAUCUAUAUCUUCUGUAUCAGUGACCGCCACUCAAUUCGCUAACAAACCAAGUCCAGAUGCUGGAGAUGACUAUGGACUAAAGGACCCCCCUCCUGAUGAUCUUCAUGUUGUGGCAGACUGCAGCUUUUGGGCGGACUACUUCAAGUUGGGACUCACAAGAAGCUGGGAACCAUUGUUAGAACCAUUUCAAUGCCUUGUUCUCUACGAACGAUCCCAGGAGCGGGGUCACGGAGUUUCUAUUGAUGCCGACAGUCCAUUUCAUCUGAACCUCACGGGUGCCGUUCUCCAAGUACUCGGAGAUACUGUGGCUUCAUUUUCGACACUAAUACGCGAGACUUUCUCUCCAAAGACAAAACAAAGCAGAGAAUCGAAGCGGGUUUCAAUGUCCAUGGUACACACAACGAAGGCAUUUGCAGGUGCCAUGGCGCAUGAUGAGAUUAUUUUUCUAGCUGGAAAAAAGCUGUCCGUUGUUCAUGAGACACCGCGACCCUUAAAAGGAGACGACCGCGUUGCUUUCUCACUAUGCAAUAUGAGCGGUCAGAGGAUAAGGAUCCAUCAGCAGUCAGACACCACACUAGAGAACCUCUCAGAUAAACCUGCCAUAUUGACCUACUUGAAUCAGGCUGCUUCAGUUGGACUCACAUUCGCAGCUACAAUUUCAGUUAUCAAGAACCUCACCAUACAAGAAGUGGCAUAUCCAGGAUUUAAGAACUCGCAAAGCAACAACCAAAAUGAAGGUUCUUUGAACCAGGCGAUUGAUAUCCAGGUUCCUGGAUUUCGAUGGCUGCAAGGUGUGAGGGUUGACUCUUUUGGAAGAAAGUUUCAAGCACUCUCACCAAGAUCCGAAAAGAUCCAGCUCAAGAUCACACGAGAUUGGCGGCUUCGAAAUGCUCUGAUGAUUCUAACAGAGGUCGGAUUCGACAAUGGGGGGAGAUUAGUAACUGUUCGAAGCCCAUUUGAAAUCCGAAACACAACAAAUCACCCCGUUAAGCUCGUGUUUCAUCCAGACCCAAGGUAUCAGCCGAUUGAGAGGACGGAGACGUUACUUGGUUCCGAUCAUGAUUCUUCGGAAAAAGUGAAAAACUCGUUUGGCAAGGAGACUCUAAUCGGAGGAGAAGACAUACUUUCCCUGGAACCAGGAGAGUCUCUUCCAAUACCAACGCUGUUGCUGGAGAAGUCACUGCAGUUGACAGGAAGCCAUUUGGGUUGUUUUUGGAUUUGCCCCGAAACGCGAGAUGCAAAUAUUUCCUGUUGGGAGUUUGUCAGAAGAAAUGAUGCAAGUGCAAAAGGAAACGAAAUUCAUUCAAGCUUCUGCUCUCGGCCAGUGCAACUUGCACGAAUUGUCCAUGAGUCAGCACUCGUCUUCAAGAACGGAUCCGGUCAAGAUGUUAUUGGUGAUGAUGCAAAAACGGGAAUUCAGGUUUCUUGUUCUACUCGACUUUCUAGCGGUGAGGUGAGUGCCCCAUUCUGCUAUGCUCUUGAAGUUGGCCGGAGCCCGCUGGUCAAGCAUGAACCAAAUCUUUCUGUCGAAGAUACCUUGUACGGGCGAGACCCCACAGUGCAAGGCUGGGCCGGAAAACAAGCAAACAAAGAGAUGAUUCAUUCUCCAGUCGCCUACACACUUUCCAUUCAUGCGCCUAUCGUGGUAGUCAAUCUCCUUCCAGAAGGUGGUCGCUUUGAGCUGAUGCAUGCCAUCAAUCGUACAGUUCUUUGGUUUGCAGAUUUGGAACCUGGUCAGCAAAUCGCAGUGCACUCGGUGGGAUUAGAUUCCCCUCUCUUGCUUCUUGUCAAUCUCGGAUUUUGCAGAACACCUGUCGGCGAAGGGGCGCUUGUCCACCAUGGCGUCGAUUCUCCGUUGGGUGGAGAGAAAGAGCAAGGAGUAAGGUUCAGAGCGAUCGGAAAAGCUGCAAUCCAAGGGACAAAGCAGAUUGGUAAAACACUAACUGCGAUGUCUGAUUCACCAGACAAGAGGGGGCGUGGGAAGCUCGCAGAAAUAAAAGAUGCACAGUUCAGCCAACGAGAGAAGCGCAAGCGUAAAUCAAAGAGGAAAUCAGUAGUGAAAGAAAAAGACCAAUCGUUGGGAUUGGACACUAGCAUUGGGGGUAUGGCCGCUGCCGAGCAGGGUAAAGUACAUGCUGUCGAGAGUGCAGUCUAUUCAUCCAACGAUGUAGCAACUUCAACUACAGUUGUUGACAGUGUUGGUCAAAGGUUGACUUUGAGCAUCGAGAAUGCAAGGGGAGGUGGAGGGCAACGGCGAAUCUCGCUCUUCUGUCCGUUCUGGAUAGUAAACAAUACAGAGCAUGCUUUGCGUUACAAGCAAGACAAAGCAAAACCUUUUGUUAGUGGUACUGUCAUCAGUCCAGAAAGAGAUGGCUCGAGACCAGUCGAUGGAAGCAAUCGAAAUUAUCAAAAUUUACAUAAGAUUCAAUCAGCACGUCGCAAUAUGAGCCAGGAAAGCAUCCCUUUGCCAAUGAACACAAAAACCAUUUUCUCUGGAACACCUGGAUCUCUUGCGACGUCUCCUGGUAGGUGCGACCUUCCGCCCUCCGAACUUGCUGAGCUCAUUGAAAAGGAUAUCCCCCUACAGAAACUUGCAGAUCUAGCAUUCAUGUUCAACUUCAAUGAAGAUACUUCGAUUGGCAAUGCGAUGCUCAGUGUCCAGCUUUAUGAUGGCACUAGUCAGUCAAACUACAAAUCGGACUGGUCCAGGGGUGUCAGUCUUGAUUCAGUGGGUUACUAUCAGAUUGUUGGGAUGCAGUGCAAGGAAGGCAGGUCUUUGGAACUGUCGGUAGAAGUCAAUGUGGCGCCUGGCUUUCUCUCACCGUACACAAAGAUAGUGCGUUUUUUGCCGAGAUAUGUUGUAUUCAACCGACUUGAACGGCCAAUACGUUUGUGGCAAGAUAGCUCCGUAUUCCGCCCAGUGAACGAGGACAGAGGAGCUGCCACGGAGACGCUGCAAUCUAGCAAGCUCUCACGUAAAUGGAGAUACGAUUUUGAAGAAUCGAAUCUUCAUGAAAAAAUAAAUCAAUACGAAUCGCUCUUUGGGAAACCAGUGAUAAUCGAUGAUCGAAAGGGCAACAAAGCUUCAGCUAUCCGUGGAGCAGCGACCAUCACUGAAGGAACGACUGCACACAAGUCGGCUCAGUACAUAGCUUCGGUCGGUCCUUCCGAGUUGGCACCAUUUUCCUUGCCUGACACUCGUGCUGAACGUCAAUUUCGCGUUGACCUUGGUGGAAUGUGGAAUGUCACGUCAAGUUUUGCAUCUGAGCUUCCAGGGGAGCACAAUUUAAAAAUUUCAAGGGCUACAGAUCUGAGCCUUUUGAAGCACGUCUCCACCCGAGCUGCACCUAAGUACAAAAUCGUACUGCCACCACCAGAUGAUGCAACCGUUGGAGAAUGGGAUGGUGAGCUUGGUGUGUUUUUUGAAACUGACUGGGCCGGUGACAGAACAAUAAUUGUAAAGGGAACAAAACGGGGGAAGUAUGCUUAUAAUCACACUGACAUUCAUGUUGGUGACGAACUGCUACGAGUUGAUGGGGUGUCCGUUGUUCGAAUGUCAUUCGCUGAAACGAUGAAAUUGAUAAAGGAAAGGCUGGCAUAUGUCGCGUCUGUAAGGAAGCAGCAAAAAGAUGCAGAAAAGCAACCAAAACGAGGUCUCCGCCGACUUUCUCUAUCUGGUCCUACUAGGCGCUUCUCGGCGCCCUUCUUCAAGCAAUCAAGUUAUGAAGAAGGCAGUAACGCGAAGCCAGCACAUCUUACGCUCACUUUCCGAACCUUUGAAGAGCGCCUUAGAAAACUGCGAUUGAAAGCUGGAACAGGUGAUGGGAAUUUGAACCUUAAUUUAGCGCAGCGACGAGCUUCUGGUGCCGUGCACCCAGCCAACAUUGAUGGUGUCAGCGUGGAGAUGAAAUCGUGGCAUAACACGAUGUUUGUUGUCAUCCGGGAACAGGACCAGGACAACCCGCUAUUCCGCAUCCAAAACCGUUCAAUUAACCAUAUUGUCUUCUACAGACAAAGGGGCUGCAACGGUCACCCAUGGAAUCACUUGAUGCCAGGAGAAUCCAAACCCUAUUCCUGGGAAGAACCAAUGAAGACGAAAAAGCUCAGCGUACGCGUUGCAGCAAAAGCGCAAGAUAUAUUCAAGCUUGACGGUAUGGCGGGUUCGCAAGAGGCUUCUUCAGAUGUGGGUUCUGAUAUGGAGCGUGAUGGGGAGCCAACAGCUGGAGACAGUGACAAACAUGGUAUGAGAGGCGACAGGCUAGCUCAGGCCUUGGCUCAUCAAUUUGUUGACAAUGAGGAGAGAGGGGGCUAUGGACCUUCAAUCAGCGUUCGUUUGGAGGAGAUUGGGUAUCGUAGUCUCCUCCCCAUUCAUGCCAAAGAUGGAAGUAGGUCAAGACGAUUUCUCAACUGCGAGGUGGAUACAGAUGGCGGAACAAGACUUUUAGUUGUGUCUGAUGAUUCUGGGAUGGUUGAUGAGAGGCUGAUGCUGAAACGGCACCUUGACACUUUAAAGAAGCAAAUUGUCUAUGAACAAGACAGAAUCUCAGAAUUGCACUCGCAGAAGUUUCUCUUCUCACAAAUAGCCCCAGACUUUGCAGCUGAUGGUACCUCGAAUGAAAACAAUGGACGAGCAGCUUCUUUGGAAUCAAAUGCAGCAAAAUUGGUCGACGAUUUUCCUGAGGAGAGCACCAUCAAUUGCCGUCAUCAAAUUGUGGUUGAAGUCAUCGAAGCGAUUGGUCUAAAUGUUUCAGAUUUCGUGGGAAGUUGCAAUCCGUAUUGCGAAGUAUUCUUAAAGGGACGAUCCAAGUCACGGAAGUACUUCUUCCAAAAGCGGAAGAACAAGAGACAGACAUACUAUAUCCAGAAGAGUCUAAACCCGCGUUGGACUGACCAGGUAUUUGUUUAUGAUGUUCCCCAGGAAGCUGUCUCUGUUACGCGAGGAUAUACACUUCAAGUGAAGCUUCGAAACUUUAGACUUGUGGGGCAACAUCCCAUCCUUGGACAGUCUUCAGUGCAUUUCGGUAGUCUUCGAAAUCAGCAAGAACUUGUGGGUUGGUAUCCUUUGUCUGGAAGUAGGUCUGGACAACGAGAUGGUGACACAAUGCAGAUAUCUGAUUCAAGUCGAGGGUCCAUCAAGUUGCGGGUACAAUGGAUCUACACUGUCCCUGCUCUGUUGGACUAUUUUCUGUUGAUCAGUCAGCGACGGUUGAAUCAACUAAUGAAGAGCCGCGAGGGAAUGACAAAUCAGUUGGCACAUGCAGUUGAAUCGGAAAGGAAUAGACGGGAAGCCAUGGAUCAACUCAGUUCUGGGCGCAUACAGAACUUGGUGAAACUGCAGCGAAAAAAGACUAUUGGAAGGAAGAUUGCCACACGGAAUGAAGUGGAGAGGGAAAAGGUUGCUGGAAAGUUAAAUCAUGGUCUGAACUCGGGCCUAUCUCAGUUGAAGGAUAGUUUAAAGACUUCAAGAGACAAAUACUUGCAUGCUCUUUACUUUCAAACUGUUGAAAGUCGAAGAAAUCGUCUUGAGAAGAAGGACAGAGUCAAUCAGCAAAGGAUACAGCAACCAAAGCCGUCCAAGACAGCAGUCUCUUCGUCGCUGAAAAAGUCGAUGCAAAGUCUUGAAAUAAGUGGUGGAAGAAGCAUUUCCUAUCCGUCCAUGGCUUCACCUUCUCCAGAGAAAUUCCAAAGCAAUCGGAGAGCGCUCAAUAACUUUUUCAAGGUGACGAAGCAUCGGUCUAUUCGCAGGCUAUCACUUGGUAUUGAUGAAACUACAACUGAAGAGUCAAAUGAUGCCAACGAUGUUGAAAAUUGGAAUACUGCAAUACAAAGUGGAAAGGCAAUGCACAGCAGCCGAUAUAGUCAAGAUCAAGGCAUAUCAGAUAUAAUGGCAAACAGCGAUAGUGAUUCCGAAGAAGCAGGGAAAACAAAAUGGAUGCUGGAACAGCUAUUGCUCCAAGGAUUUCUGUUUCAUGAGUGUGGUGUAUUCUUCCAUCGCGAACACCUCCCAAGGAGGUUCCGAAAAACUCUGUUUGCUCAGACGGCAAAUGCAACCAGUACAGGCCGUCGUUUCCGACCAAAGCGUGCCAUUGGGAGUGGCACAACGAUACGUCAUUUCCGAAGUUGGCAGUUUGUGUAUGCGCUGUAUUGGGAUCCGGAAGUCCAGAUUCAAUGCAAUGAUAACGCACACAUUCUGAACACAACUGAAAAACUACUGAAGCAGAAAAAUGCGAUUCCUGCUGUGUCAAAAACAAGGCUUGUGAUCAUGGAAAAGCUAGCUGUCCCAGAAGAUGCACCGCUGGCAACUGCAGAACGGGCAAGAGGUCGGGCGGAUACAAUGUACAUGUCGAGACUCAAAUUUGAACGAGCGUGCAAGAGAAUCUUGGGAUCCGUGCUCAACCCUGGUGGAUGGCUGACAAUUCGACCCAUCACGGUUCUCAACCUUCCUGACACCUUCACCGGUAUGUUUGUAAAGCUCCGAUAUGGAUCAGAAGUAUUGAUGAGCGAAACAGUUGAUGCACGAGUCACUCCAAGGUGGUCGUCUGGAGAUAUUUUUGACUCCCAGCAAGACACAGCCGGGGGAUUUAAGUUCAGCAACAAUGAUUUGCAUGUCCGGGUAGAACCACAGCAAACAAGUGGAUCAAUAAUGAUAUCAGUGGUUGCAGAAAAAUUGAACUCCAAGACAGAACUGGGUGUACUGCAACUUCCGCUCGGCGACGCAAUCGCUGCUUGCAUUGAUUCAGGUGAAGAGUUACUUGAAUCAACAAUCGUAGGAGAAACUGCUGGUCAACCGAUGUACAUUAGGUGGUUUCCAUUGAUGGAACCUCGGAUGUCUGAGCAGGUUGAGGGAGACAUGGGGUUGAGUUCUCGCCCUAUGGAAAGUGAAAAAUUACGUGAUAACAUGUUCGAACAGUACUUCACGGCUUGCAUUCAGUUGGCGCUCAUAUGGUGGCCUGACAACAACGAAGUGAAGAACGAUAACGAACCUAGGGCGUCUGCGACCUUCGAUGGAUCACAAAGGCAACCUGGCCAUGCCCAAUUACUCAGACCGGCAACUCCUGUGAUUGAGAAUUAUUUCAAUGCUGACAUUAGCCGGAUCUCUGCGGCACUCAUCGAUUCUCAGCGAGCGCUUGAGUUAAUAUCUUUUGCUGCAAUUGACAUCGAUGUUCGAUACUCGGUGUCUAAAACAAAAACGAGAGUAGGAUUAGUGGUUGGCUGGUUUCAGAUUGAUCAUCAAGACAGCCGAGCGCGGGAGCCUGUUGUUCUUGCACCAACGCCGAUGGAGGAUUUGCAACCAACACUUCAAUUCCUUGCCUUGAGGGACAACGUGAAAACGAAAAGCAACAUUGUUUCCUAUGAGUACAUUGGAGUUUAUUUGCAGGAAAUGGAUCUGACUGUAGAAGAGUACUGGAUGUUUGAGCUCUGGGAGUUCUUCAUGGGUGUGUUACGAAGGAGUCACGUGAAAAGAAACACUGUUGAAGGCAGAGAAUUGGCGGAUGCACUCUCUAAAAUGGAGAACUGUUUUGUCAAUGAGGAAGAGGAAGAUGCAUAUGGACCAUCUCUUCUCACGAUUCUACAGGAUGCAGAAAGUGGUGCAGCUAGCUCGAAAAAGAAGUUUUAUAUCGAGCAAUUGAUUCUUGGUCUUGUUAAGAUCAACCUCUCGUACAUGAAGGGGAAAAAGCACUCUUGGGAGAUGGCAGAUUUUGCAGACCAAGGAGGACUGAUGAAGACUUUGGAAGUUACAGAACUGCCCAAGCUUGCUGCUGCAUCAAGGAGAAACAAGGCAAGCGCCAACACAAAAUCGGAGCAAUCAGAUGCUUUCCAGAGGUGGAGCCAACAUACUUUUGAUGAGGAUUUGUUUGCAGAGACUGGAGGUGAUGCGUCCAACCAUUUGCCAGCAAUAAUUGCUGCUGUCUUCCCAUCUGUUUCCGAUGCAUCCAUCCGCUUGCAAGGAAAGGCCAUCGAACAUGUUUUUGAGAGCCCAGGUGAAAUAUUUUCGUCCAUCAAGAACUUUUAUGUGAACGAGACCUUGAAGCAGCUAUACAAGAUCAUUGGUUCAAUCGAUUUUGUUGGAAAUCCAACAACAAUUAUCAGUUCUUUUGUUUCGGGAGUCCGGGAUCUUGUCGUGGUACCAGCAACUGCAAUAAUGAGAAGUCCGACUGAUGUCAAUCAAGUUGGUAUUGAGGUUGCUAAAGGUACUAUAUCCUUCUUUUCCCACAGUACAAGUGGCAUCUUCGGCUUUCUUGCAAAGAUGUCGGCAUCGGCAGGCCAAACAGUGGCCAUAUUGUCGCUUGAUUCUGAAUAUCGACAGUGGCAUCGAGAUACUGUUGUUUCUGAAGCAACUGAUCUAAAUCGAGUAUGGAAACGUCGUGGAAUGCAAAACGCAUCUAAAAUUGUUCUUCGGCCAGUCCGAGAUAUAGUACUUGGUGUCGCAAUGGGAGCCUCUGGUCUCAUACUUUCUCCAUACAAGGGUUUUAAGAAAGGUGGUCCUUUGGGACUCGUUCGUGGUAUCGCAACUGGCACCGCUGGCGUUGUUGCAAAGCCAAUCGUUGGUGUCCUUGAUGCUUUCACUCAUGUGUCUGCCACAAUGCAUGACGCAGCAAGAAGUGUUAAUAUUCUGGAAAGAAGGCAUCAACCUUCCCUGAAAUUGAGGUUGCCAUACACCUUUGGUCCCAUGAAAAUCCUUGCUCCAUUCAAUGCGGUGACCGCAAGAGCCACGUAUUUGUUGAAGGAGUUUCCUCCGAAGGCAAAACGAAGCAAAUUCAACAAAGGUCGCUCUGUUGAACUUCAUAUUCAUUCAGAAGUGCUACAAAUGGAACAGGGUGUUGAUACCUUUGCUAUUGUCUCUACUCUUCGAGUUGUUUUGAUAAAGCUUAACCGAGAGAAUACAGGCCUAUCCCCGUCUUUUGGUUGGGAAGUAAGUCUUGCGGAACCUUCUCUUGUCACUUCUCUCAUCUCGGAUCAUGGUCACAACGGAGUUGCAUUGACAAUAACAAAAUGUCGAGAAGAAAAAGAGCUAUCCAUAAGCGAGAAGACAAGACAAAGUGGAAAGCCUUCAAUCGGAGGGCCAAUCUUGAAAGGGGGCUCAAUGCAUUCAGCUGCUUCGUUGGAGUCUGGUGGCAGUAUUGACGACUCCGAUAUUGUGGGUAUGAUCCGUGAACCAUUCUCGGAUAGCGUCGACUUUGAUGACAGCGAGGACCCAAACUACAAGUAUGGCUUGACAAGAAAACAGGGUGAAAUACUUGAAUGGUUCACUGUGCUUGCAGAGUUUCAACACAGGCAGCAACUUACAAGACUACACAAUGCCAUUUGCUGCGUUGUUCGAGACUUUGAUGCUGUGGUGAUUGACCAUGCUUCAGGAGUGGAUCCAGUGUCUAGGAAAGAGUUUACAUUUGGUCUGUAUGCAUUUGGGCCUGGGUCCUCCGACUCAAUCACUUCCUCAAGGUGCAAUGUUGACACUAUUGCUGCUCUUGAGAAUAUUCCUUGGAUGCAGGAUAGCACCUUCAGCUUAGUGCGCAACUUGCCAGAGAAAAGGCAGAUUGAAGAGGUGACAAAGCUGAGACAGCUGUGGACCUACUCACGAGAAUUGGAAGCAUCAACAAAGCAAGGUGGGGCAAGAUGGCUUAUCGAAGCGAGGGCAAGAGCUAUGUUUGUGCCAACAAACCCCCCAGUCCUGCUUGAGUAUCUGGAUACAUAUGACCCAGUAGUUGAAAAAGUUCAUUGGGAAUGGAAACAAGGAAACAUCAGCAGUGAACAGGCAGCACGACUCUUGGAAUCACAUAAUGAAUCGCUAUCAAUCCCCUCUGAAUAUGACGAACCCAGUGAUUCCGGCAUGCUGCAGCAUGGAAGAACCGGUGCUGAUUCUGACGACGGGGAUUCAAUGACCGAGGUGGCAUUGAUCAGUCGUGGGGAUUCAAAGACCGAGUUGGCAUUGAUCAGUCGUGGUCAGCAUCAAGCAACAUCCUCAAAUGUGGAAUUGGCGGAACGAAGAAGUUCUAGCGAAAGUUUCUAUUCUGCACAGCCCAUUGAAUCGUCAGCAAAGCUUGGAAAUGAGGAAGAGGUCGUCGAAGUGCUAAGGAGUACGAAAGGCGCUGUAGACUUUCAGGACGAAGCUGGAAGCGGCCCAAACAAAAUAUCUGAAGCAAGGCCAAAGUUCCCCCAGAUGUCAAAGGUUGAUAGGAUGGAAACCCUGCUGGAACAGUUGAUCAUGCUAAAUGUGAACCAAGCAACAAGAGAAGCUACUCCAGCAUAUUCUGCAGCAGCCCCUUCUCCUCCUCAGGAGGAGAUGCGGAUUGCUGACUCCAUGCUCAACGAACUACUGGCUCUUCGCUCUGAGAUUCAAGUCAAAACAAAAAAAGACGAAGAUCUUAGAACCGAGAUUUCUUUGCUUCGCCAACAGCUCGCACAAGCAGAUUCGAAAACGGAAACUGAUGGAAAAAUGAAGAAGCUUCAAGAGUUGCUUGGGAUUGGUGCAAGAAAGACAGAGCCAAAGAAAUCCAAUGGCACAAAGCGAGAAAGGCAAGAGCAAGUCAAAGGCAAACAAGUGUACGCGUCGAACAGGGCACUUCAAUUUUCAAUCAACCCCCAACACUCAACGGAAGAAAUUCGCACCAAACUUCAGGCACACCCUCGAGCACGUUCCUUUGAUGGCUCCCAUGAUUCCUCAGUAGUUCCUCUCAACAGCGGUGAGGGAGAUUUUGCAUCAGGCGCUUCGUUUAGUUCUUCUUUUCGAUCUGGAGAUGAUGUCUUAAGCCUGAGCCGGCAAGGUAAAUCUCUAGGAGAAUUUGGUGUUGUUUCUGCUCAAUCUUUCGAUGGAGAUGGAUUGAAUGAUUCAUUCCUUCAGGAGCAACUGGAAGAUUCUAGGGAUUCACAAACCGAACAGGAAGAAGGGAAGAAAAUUGCCAAGUUAAAGAGAUUGUUACGGUUUGGAAAAAAUAAUUGA